AUGUCCUCUGAAUCCCAGCCUAUUUCGGCGGAGCGCUUCGCGUUCGCUAUCCAAGAUCUGCCUGCAGAGAACUUGUAUUCCAAGGCUCAGGAACUCGAAAACUCGAUAGCUCAUCUCGAACGCUCAAACAAAACCCUCCAGGAAUAUAUCGACAGCAUUCGUUCAGAUAGCACCCUUCCGGAGAGCACGCGGCAGGAGGGUGACAAAGACUGUUCAGAUGCCAUCCAGGAAAACCACGUCGUCAUCGAGCGACAAAAGGAGAGGAUUGAGUUGCUGAAGCGCGAAGUCGAGCGAAGAGGAGCAAAAUGGCAUGAAGUAAACACGAAUGGCAAAGUCAACGGCAGUUCAGACGACAGCGGCACAAACGGUAGUACAGCAGACAUGGAACGGAACGCAGGCGGGCGAUUGUCUGACGAGGAACUGAGGCGACAGAUGAUGGACCGGCUUGGAAAUAAUGAGGAUGGUACUGAAGAGGAUGGAAUGCACCUGUGA